AAUGAUAGGAGCUUUCAGAUUUGUUUUGAUAUGUGAUAUUUCAUUUCAAAAUUCUGUGUAUUUCUUCACAAAAUUGUAUAUUUUCUUCUCAAUGGAUUAACGGUAAAAAUAUUGCUUUGCUCGCCAAAUGUCUGGAAGACGACGUUUGGAGGACGCUCUUCAAAUGGGAAAAGAAAUUGAUAUGCGUUUAGAUGAAAGGGAUCCGUCGUUUCGUCUGAAUAAAAUUUCAUAUGUGGAAGAUAUUGAAUUUGGUGAUAUUGGUGCAACGUACAGCAUCAACUUUUCUCACGACAGCCAAUAUUUUGCUGCUGGUUGCAGCAAUGGUGCAGUGCAGGUGUACUCCGUCAAGCAGGGGAAAAAGAAACGUCCACUGCAGUACGGUUCAAAUUUUGGUCUUCCUGUUACUUGUGUGAAGUUCUAUCCAUAUAAUUCCAGCUGUCUUGUCACUGCAGACUCUCAAGGAGAUAUCAAAUUCUGGGAUCUAAUGGAAUGGGCACAGCGAGGAAAGAUUUUAGAGAAGGGAAACGAAAUUGAAACAUUGGAUUUCUCUCAUGAUGGCAAGAUUUUUGCCACCGCAGGAAAGGACAAAACCAUCCGCGUCUACGAUAGUGACAGCCAUGCGAUAAUCAAAACUUUUCCUGGAGCGGGAAUUUCAAACGAAGAUGAUUCCGAGUUUCGAGAGGUCGGUCAUGGUCGCAAAGUGUUUGCUUUGAAAUUUCAUCCUUUUGAUGACAACGUUUUUAUCACAGGCGGCUGGGAUAAGUGUAUUAAGAUUUGGGACACGCGCUCUGCUCAUUCAGUUGGCACCAUAUGGGGUCCGUAUGUGUGUGGUGGGGACUCUUUGGAUAUAUCUAUGGAUAAUAUCCUAACCGGUUCUUGGGUGACCGAUGAAGCUUUACAAAUAUGGGAUUUUAAGAGCGGCUCACUCGUUGAAACCAUACCAUUUCCAUCUGAGAAAGGGGCAUUUUUGUACUGUGCACGAUUCGUGAGCAGCGAUCUCAUUGCCGCUGGUGGCAGUGGUAGCAGAGAUCUAAAACUUCUAUACAGACAUACCCACGAGGUUGCUGGCUGUAUAGAUAAUUCUGGCAAAGUUGUUCAAGCGUUGGACGUAGGUGAUGGUGGUCAUCUGAUGGUUAUAGGUGGCGCAAGUGAUGUUCUUCGUCUUGUCCGAUUGCUUUAGGAAGCGCCAUCUACUUUUGAUGUCUCUUGGAUUUUUUACAUGCUGUUUUUCCUUUGUUCGCAUUGCUAACAUUUAAAUGAACUCUUUCACAUACUUUUCAAUAUGCAUAAGAUAUUUUUCUUUGUAAAAAGAUUCUUUGUCGUUAUUCUACAUUAGAUGGGCGUACGAGCUGUAUAGCGCCCCCCGUCAA